UCUCUACCUCUCUGACUUCUAUCUGAGACCCUUUAACAAAACUUGUGGGCACAAAGUGGAGGACUCUUCUUUGAUACUCAUCCAACAACUUUCUUCCCAAGCACACUUAACGACUUCUUCAACAGGGUGUAUAUAUAUAAUAACCUUCAUUAUAUAUUUUUUUUCUUAACAUGGAACCCACUUGGAAUGAUGCCAUUGUGAAGGCUAAUUCCUCUGAUCCAAUCAUGUCCUUUAGAGGGACCCCACUCGUCUUGGAUGAGCUUGAUUUCUUCGCUGAGAAGAGAAAAGAGAGUGAUGAAGAUGAAAUUGAUGAUCAAAUUGUGGAGCUUCAUGUUGAUACUAGCUUGGAUCUUCUUACUAAGAAUAAUACUGGUGCCAUUAGAUCAACAGAAGUAGUUGCAGCAUUGGAAACUAUGGAUGAUAAGAGAAGCGAGUUUGUAGCUUUGGUAACUGAAUUGCACCAAAUGAAUGCUGAAAAUCAACGUUUAAGAGAGUUGGUUGAUCAGGUGAACAAUAACUACAAUGCCCUACACAUGCAGCUUAUCAAGCUAACGCAGAAGCAGCAUAGCCAUGGGAACAAGGGAGUGAUAGGGGAGAAAGAAGAGAUGGUUCCAAGGUCAUUUUUGGACAUGGGUGUUGGAGAGAAGGAUGAGGGUUCCCAGCAAUCCUCAGAGGGAAAACUGAUGGAUCAGUGCAAGGGACAUGGCAAAGAUGUUUUGGAUGCAGAUAAUAAUAAGUUGGAUUCUGGAAGGGAAAGUUCAAAAGCUAGAAUGCUUGCUGACCAAGAAUUAUCUACCAAAGUUCCUAGGUUGGAUCCAGCAUCAGAAACCAUGUCAAUGAUCAAGAAAGCUCGUGUGUCAGUUCGAGCAAGAUCAGAUUCCUCAAUGAUUGCUGAUGGAUGCCAAUGGAGAAAGUAUGGACAGAAGAUGGCAAAAGGGAAUCCUUGUCCAAGAGCUUAUUAUCGUUGCACAAUGAGUACUGGUUGUCCAGUGAGGAAACAAGUACAAAGGUGUGCUGAAGAUAGAAGUGUGCUGAUCACUACAUAUGAAGGGCAGCAUAACCAUCCACUCCCUCCCACAGCUCAGGCAAUGGCAUCAACCACUUCUGCAGCAGCCUCAAUGCUUCUCUCUGGGUCAAUGCCAAGCUCAGAUGGCCUGAUAAACCCAAGCAUAUUGGAAAGUGCUUCACUUCCAUGCUCUCAAAACAUGGCCACACUCUCUGCCUCAGCCCCAUUUCCCACCAUCACACUUGACCUCACUCAAAAUGCCACCAACCCCUCACAGCUCCAAAGGGAACCACAGGGUCAACUCAGCCUCCUUUCUCCACUUUUGGCCCACAAGUUCAUGUCAGUUCCAAAAAUAUUUGGACAGUCACUGUGUGAUCAAACCAAGCUUGCUGGCUUGCAUGAGUCUCAGGGAAUGGACACAACUUCAUCAUUUGCUAACACAUUGAAUGCUGCAACUGCUGCUAUCACUGCAGACCCAAAUUUUACUGCAGCUCUUGUGGCAGCCAUAACGUCUGUCAUUGGAAGUUCACAUUCCAACGCCAGUGGCACCAAUAACACAAGUGGAGAUGAGCAGUGCAAUAACAAUGCAUGAGACUCAAUAGUUUUUGUUGGUUUCAUUUCCUUUCGAAUCGGCUUAGCUGAUCGUUUUCAUAUCCAAGAUAGGUAUAGGUUUCGAUUUAAUUUAGUCUUUGUCAUGCAUACGAAGGAUGUCACAAUAUUAUAGUCUUCAUUAUUUGAAAUUGAUAAGCUUCUGGUUCAAGAGUUAACUCAGCAGCUGUGAAAUAAACUUGUUGCAUUCUAUUUUCUUAA